GCUUAGUGUUUGGUUCCGUGGUCGUAAGCCGAAGUCCCCCCAUCAUUUGCCUCACGUUGUCGUCCGUCCCUGAGGUGAGUCACGUCAGAGUGCCGGAUGAGCUUGUCCUAGCGGUUAGGAGAGAUCGAGGAAGAAAGACACAGCACAUUUUAAACUAAAGCUAAAAUGGCGUCAGGAGUUAAGGUGAGCCCAGAAGCCGAAGCUACGAUAGCUCAGCUCAGGUCGAGAGCACUACGCUGUGCUCUGUUCAAGAUAAAUGAUGAUUGCUCACAAAUCGUUACGGACAAAACUUACCCGAAGGAGGACUUUGGGGACGGGGCUACAGGAGAAGACAUCCUGGACGCCUUGAAAAAGGAGUUGCCCGAAAAGGAACCCCGAUACGCUUUGCUGGACUUCAGCUUUGUGAACGAGGAAAGUCAUGCAAGAGAGUCAGUUGUAUUUGUAGCAUGGUCUCCAGAUUCCUCUCAGGUAAAGAAGAAAAUGUUGUACGCUGCUAGUAAGGGCUAUAUCCAGAAGGCUGCGGGGAAUGUCAAAAUAGUGCAGGCCACAGACCCUGCAGAGCUAGACUUCAAAGAAGUCCGGAGCAAGUGUUUGAAGUAAGAUGUGCAAAGAUAGACCCAGCCUGGAGAACAGUUUACCAAGUAACUGGCGGAGCGACACAUGGACUUCUGUUAAAAAAUGAACUGUACUCUACAUGUGGACACAGAUGCCUAUGUUGACAUACAUGUAUAACCUUACAGUUAUAUAGUAUUUUAUUCAUGUCUCUUGUUUUAAAGUGCUCACGAAAGCUUCUCUUUGAAAAUUUAGCAGCCCAACAAACAUUUGCAAAUUGGUUAUCUUGUAGAUUGAUUCUGUAGUGCUCAUAACAUUCCAAAUGGCACAUUUUGUGACGGUGAAAAUGGGAACAAGUCUUCUAGCACAUUUUAGACCAACUCUGUUUAUUUGCCUUAUAUUUCUGGACACCCAAGCUGUACGCUUGUGAUACAUCUCAGUUACUGUUGACAUAUUUAAAUUUUCCAAAAUAUUGAGAUAGUUUUGUAUUUGAUAAUUUGUACUUGAAAUUAUUAUUUCCAGUCUAUCUGCAAACAUGUUAAUCGCAUUGCUGUAUGUACAAUGGCACAAGUGACCUCCCCCGGCCAGAGGACCUUAAAUGUAUAGAAAAGUUUGCAUAGAAAUGUUCACAAGAGUUGCUGUAUAUGUUCAUCUGUGUGCUAUCAUCCAAAAGUAACAAAGUUUAUUUACAUAAAAUUCUGUACAGCUGAUGACGAGUUGUGCAGGCUUUCAGAUUGAUUCUGCGAAUAUGCAUACAGGAAGCAGAUUUUUCAAUAUUAAAAAUUUUCACUAAAA